UAGUAGGCGGCCAUCUUUCCUGGAUCCCGAGAGGGAGAAGAGGGACAGAAGGGGAGACGCUGGUCUUAGGGACGCCCCGGGGACCUUAAGAGCCGGAGGCAGCCCCGGAGGUGGUGGUCCCUGAUCCCGGGCUCUACUCUAGGACCCGAGAAGGCUCCCGCGGGCUGACACGCCGGAAGAGGAGGACGAGGAAUGGCCGCGGUGUGGCAGCAGGUCUUAGCAGUAGAUGCGAGGUACAACGCAUACCGCACACCAACGUUUCCACAGUUUCGGACACAGUAUAUCCGACGGCGCAGCCAGCUACUGCGGGAGAAUGCCAAGGCUGGACACCCUCCAGCACUGCGUCGGCAGUACUUGAGGCUGCGUGGGCAGCUGUUGGGCCAGCGCUACGGACCCCUCUCUGAGCCAGGCAGCGCUCGCGCGUAUAGUAACAGCAUAAUCCGCAGCAGCCGAACUACCCUUGACCGCAUGGAAGACUUCGAGGAUGAUCCUCGGGCCCUAGGGGCCCGUGGGCACCGCCGUUCUGUCAGCCGAGGCUCCUACCAGCUGCAGGCACAGAUGAACCGUGCUGUCUAUGAGGACAGGCCACCUGGCAGUGUGGUGCCCACAUCAGUGGCAGAAGCAAGUCGAGCCAUGGCUGGGGACACAUCACUGAGUGAAAACUAUGCCUUUGCGGGCAUGUACCAUGUUUUUGACCAGCAUGUAGAUGAGGCAGUUCCAAGGGUGUGCUUUGCCAAUGAUGACCGCCACCGCCUGGCCUGCUGCUCACUUGAUGGCAGCAUCUCUCUGUGCCAGCUGGUGCCUGCCCCACCCACUGUGCUCCAUGUGCUGCGAGGACACACCCGUGGUGUCUCGGAUUUCGCCUGGUCUCUCUCCAAUGACAUCCUUGUGUCCACCUCACUCGAUGCUACCAUGCGCAUCUGGGCCUCUGAGGAUGGCCUCUGCAUCCGGGAGAUCCCGGACCCUGAUGGCGCUGAAUUGCUCUGCUGUACCUUCCAGCCGGUCAACAACAACCUCACUGUGGUGGGGAAUGCCAAGCACAACGUGCAUGUCAUGAACAUCUCCACGGGGAAGAAAGUGAAAGGUGGCUCCAGCAAGCUGACAGGCCGUGUCCUCUCUCUGUCUUUUGAUGCCCCUGGGCGGCUGCUCUGGGCGGGUGAUGACCAUGGCAGUGUUUUCUCCUUCCUGUUUGACAUGGCCACAGGGAAGCUGACAAAAGCCAAGCGUCUGGUGGUACAUGAGGGUAGCCCUGUGACCAGCAUCUCCGCCCGCUCCUGGGUCAGCCGCGAGGCCCGGGACCCCUCACUGCUUAUCAAUGCUUGCCUCAAUAAGCUGCUGCUCUACAGGGUGGUAGACAACGAGGGCACCCUGCAGCUGAAGAGAAGCUUCCCCAUUGAACAGAGCUCCCACCCUGUGCGCAGUAUCUUCUGCCCCCUCAUGUCCUUCCGCCAGGGGGCCUGUGUGGUGACAGGCAGUGAAGACAUGUGUGUGCACUUUUUUGACGUGGAACGGGCAGCCAAGGCUGCUGUCAACAAGCUGCAGGGCCACAGCGCACCUGUGCUGGACGUCAGCUUCAACUGUGAUGAGAGCCUGCUGGCUUCCAGUGACGCCAGUGGCAUGGUCAUUGUCUGGAGGCGGGAGCAGAAGUAGGAACCUUCAGGCCCUACCACUGUCUACCUUCCCACCCAGCUCCCACUCCAGCCUUGUGUUUAUAAAUAAAGUUCCUGUGGUUGUGCUGCUGGGGGUGGGAGGGAGGCUCUAGGACCCAAGAUAGAGGGGUUCCCAUAUUCAUUCAUGUGCUGACUUACUCAUUCAACAACCACUUACCAAAUAUCUAUAGUAUCAUAGGCACCACUUCAAGUAUUUUACAUGGUCAUGCAUUGGACAGAAAUUAUUAAGCACCUACUAUAUGCCAGGAACUGUUUUAGGCCUUGGGGGUACAGCUGUGACAUAGACUGAUAAAAAUCCCUGCCCUCAUGGGGCUUGCAUUCGAGUGGAGGCAGAUAGAUAGUAGACAAAAACGUGUAAUAAAUUUAAGUCAGUUCAAGAUGAAUGACGGGAGGAAGAAUAAGGCAAAGACAGGAGGUAAGUUGCAGGAGUGGGAGUUGGGCUCUUGUGGGUGCUGUGAUCAGGGAGGACGUUCUUGCUGGUGUAAUUUAAACAAAUACCUGAAUAAAAUGAGAGGCAGCACCAUAGUGUCGGGGGGAGAAUAACAUGCUAGGCAGAGAGAAAUGGCAGUGCAAAUGUGCUGAGGCUGGAGUGUGCCAGAAGGGUCACUGUACAGGCCAGUGUGGCUAGACCAGAAUGUGGUAGGAGAAGAGGUUGGACAUGCCCAAUCCUGGAGGGCUUCAUGGACAUGGAGAGGACUUGGUUACUCUGAGUGAGGGGUGCAUCACCAGAGAGUUUUGAGCAGAGGAGGGUGUGGUCCAACUUGGUUGUAAGAGGAUCCCUGUGGGCACUGUGAGAACAGACUGGGGGGCAAGGGGGAAGUGGGGGACCAGUCAAGAGCCCCUGCAGCAGUGGGACUGAGCAGUGAUGGGAACUUGGGCCAGAGUGGUGGCAGUGGAGGAGUUGAGGGGGAAAUGUUGGCUUCCAGCACAGGGGUUUCAUCCCAUUAGUCCGCAGGGCCCUGCUGACUCCUCAGGGAAGCUCAGGCUCCCAGGCUGCCCCUGGCACCAGGGUUCCCCACAAGUAGGGAGUGGAGGUGUUAGGGGCGUGCAGAGCCAAGCUGGUACAGGUACAACUGUGGACCCUAAGGCUGAGCUCACAGCUCCUAAGGGGUGGUGGGGGUAGAGAGAAUGGGGAUUCUCUCUCCAACCACAGACCACCCUUAGCUCCUUCCACACCCACCCAGGGCCCCUAUUCAAAGCCUAGAAUGACUCAGAAAUCACAAAGCGAUGUUCAACAUUUGAGGGGAGCUUCAAAUGUGGAGAGAAAGCUUGGGCUAGACAGAUGAAUAACCAAACUGCCCCAUCAGUGACCUGCAUCCCCAAGAAAUUAUCAGAGUUGCCAGAAAUGUCAAAGAGGCUAUUUCUCCAACUCCUCCCUUCCGUCCAGCUCCAUAGGCUGCCACAACCAGAUGCAUCAGUGGGAAGUGUGACUAGCAUCUAGAGAUAUGUGCUCAGUGCACAGAGUCACAGACUAAGCUGGCCUAGCGGUGUGGAGCUGCUGACUAAACACCGGCAGCCUUGUUGGGGGAGAAAAAUAACCUGUUUGUUCAAGCCACACUACCUGACAGUGUGGUUGCUUGUAGCCAGAAGCAUUUCUGCCUGCUACUUCCCUCUGACAGCCCUUAAGGUACAUGGUGAAGCAAUAGGGACCUCAGAGAGCUGGCCUGCUCUUGAUCCAGAUCACGUAUCUCUGUCGGAGGUCCCUAAGAGCACCCAGACUCCAUGGUCUGCUAGGACUCUCAGUCUAGCAUAUGGUUGUAUAUACGGCUAUGAUUUAUGGCAGCAAAAAGAUAUAGAGCAUAAUCAGCAAAGGGAAAUGGUGCAUGGGCCAAGGCUAGCAGAGACAGGCACAAGCUUCCAAGGGUCCGGUCCCAGUGGAAUCACACAGGACACACUUAAUUCCCCCAGCCAUGGGUUGUGACAACACGUGCCAAACAUUGUCAACCAGAAAAGCUCAUUAGAGACUCAGUUCCCAGGUUUUUACGGGGGGCUGAUCACAUGGGCACCCUCUGCCUGGCACACACCCACCUUCCAGACUCUCAGAAGUAAAGAAGUGUUUAGCAUAAACCACAGUGCUUAUGUGAACAGUUUAAGCACAUGAGCCCCUCUUAGCAUCUGUAGGGGCUGGUAACCCUUACAUAUAAAUUUCCAGAUGCCAGCCAGGGGCCAGAUUUGAAAUAAACCUUUCCUCAGAGAUCAGUUCAGGCUGCUGUGAGACUUUCCCGCAUGUUAUGUUUCAGUGACGGGCAAGAUCACUUGGGGGGCCUCACUUUUCACGAACAUGUUCUUCAUUUCUUUAGCCUCUUUAUUCACACUCUUUUUAUUGAGCCUGGAUACAAGAUGGCUGGUCAUGGAUGUUGUCACACAUGAGUGUGGGAGUUUGCUCCUUGUGAAAUUUUGAGGUGGCCCUCUAGUAGAAUGAGUUGACAUUCUACUUUAAAUUCAUCUUUAUAGUACCUUUUCUUCACUUACAAUCUAACAGGAAAUAGUGAGCAAAUAAUAAAAAAUAUCUUAUUGGUGAAA